CGUGCUCUCUUCGUGCCGGUUGGAGUCGUCUCGUGCACUUUGAAGGUUCUCGCUCUAGCUUAUUUUAGCUUGCUCACAUUAACAAAGAGAUGCGUUUGUGAUCAACACUUUGCACAGCAGAGAUCAACCAUGAGCACAGCAGAUUACGAGGAAGAACUUUGGGGCCCAAAGGAGGAGAAGAAGCCACAACGUCAACUAUUGGAUACUGUUUUCAAUCUGCAGCCCCGAAUUGUGCUACGCAGAGCAGAUGUCAUUGAAUAUCUUCUUCCGGGCUGGCAGCAGUCAGUGUCCAGUCACAUCAAAGAAGAGGAGGAUGUAGGGGUUCAAUGCAUUAAAGAGGAGGAGGAGGAAGAAAUCCUCCACGUGAAAGAGGAAGAGCAGGAGGAAAGCAUCCAGGUUCCAGCCACUGGUGUCCAUUUGAAGAGUGAAGAUGGUCAAAGUGAGGAGCGACAAGGGGUGGACCCUCCAAGCAGGAACGGCUCAAGUGAUGAAGACCAUUGGGAAGGAUCACUAACAAAUGAUGAUGAUGAUGAUGAUGAUGAUGAUAAACAAUCAGAAAGUGAUGAGACAUGUCACGCUGCCAACAAAUGCUGGAAAUGUUCUCAGUGUAGGAAAACGUUUGCUUCGAUGAGGGAUUUCAAACAACACAUGAAAAUACACACAGGUGAGAAGCCUUUUGCAUGCUCAAUUUGUGGUAAAAGGUUCACUCAGAAGCGAGGUUUAAAAACACACACAAGAACACACACUGGUGAGAAACCCUUUUCCUGUUCAGUUUGUGGUCAAAGAUUCUCACACAAGGGAACCUUAAAAAUGCACACAAGAAAACACACUGGUGAGAAACCUUUUGCAUGUCCAGUUUGUGAUAAAAGAUUCACUGAGAAAGGAAACUUAAAAAUACACACGAGAUCACACACUGGUGAGAAACCUUUUUCCUGUUCAGUUUGUGGGAAAAGAUUCUCACACAAUGGAACCUUAAAAAUGCACACAAGAAAACAUACUGGUGAGAAACCUUUUCCAUGUCCUGUUUGUGAUAAAAGAUUCACUGAGAAGGGAAACUUAAAAAUACACAAAAGAACACACACUGGUGAGAAACCUUUUUCAUGUCCAGUUUGUGAUAAAACAUUCUCCCAGAAGGGAACCUUAAAAACACACACAAGAUUACACACUGGUGAAAAACCUUUUUCAUGUCCAGUUUGUGAUAAAAAAUUCACUGUGAAGGGAAAAUUUAAAAUACACACAAGAACACACACUGGUGAGAAACCCUUUUCAUGUCCAGUUUGUAAUAAAAGAUUCACUGAGAAGAGACUAUUAAAAAUCCACAUAAGAACACACACUGGUGAGAAACCUUAUUCCUGUCCAGUUUGUGAUAAAAGAUUCACUGUGAAGGGAGCUUUAAAAAGACACACAAGAACACAUACUGGUGAGAAACCUUUUUCAUGUCCAGUUUGCGAUAAAAGAUUCCCUGAGAAGGGAAAAUUAAAAAUACACACAAGAACACACACUGGUGAGAAACUUUUUUCAUGUCCAGUUUGUGGUAAAAGAUUUACUCAGAAGGGACACUUAAAUAGACACACAAGAACACACACUGGUGAGAAACCUUUUUCAUGUCCAGUUUGUGAUAAAAGAUUCACUGAGAAGAGACAAUUAAAAAUACACACAAGAACACACACUGGUGAGAAACCUUUUUCAUGUCCACUGUGUGAUAAAAGAUUCACUCAGAAGGGAGCUUUAAAAAGACACACAAGAACGCACGCUGGUGAGAAGCCUUUUUCCUGCUCAGACGUGGCCAAAGAUUCUCUGUGAAUAUAAGUUUAAAAAAACACAAGAAGACACACCAACAAGAAAUGUUUGCCUGCUCACUUUGGUCAAACAUUCUCUUCUGAGUACAGUAGUUCCUUGUUUUUCACAGUUAAUGGGGACCAGAACCCUUGUGAAAUGUGAACCCACCCCCACAACACACAUACACAGCCACGCCCCUCCCGCACCUGAGGAAUUUUCCUGUACGUGUAUCUGGGGACCAGAAUGAAUUAAAUAUCUAAACGGUAUUUAUACUUUACAUAUAUGAGACUAAGAUUACGACAGUACAUGCAUUUACUUAAGUCUUUGUGAGGUUUAUCACAUGACUUAUAAAAUAUUUUGCACAAAAUACAAGGAUAAGAAGAGUCUGUCUCAUGAGGAGAAUCUAAAGAGACUAGACUAACAGUCUCCAACCCCGUUCUGAACCAGUGCCUUGCCUACUUUUUUUUUUUUCCUGAAAGCACACAAGAUCAAGAGGGAGGGGUAAGCAAGCAAGUUAAAGGCAAUUUUUUUGAUAACGAUGUGUGUGUGUGUGUGUGUGUGUGUGUGUGUGGUGUGUGUGUGUGUGUGUGUGUGUGUGUUGGAGAACUUGUCCUUGGCCACUUCUCGGGAGAUCAGGAUUCGGCUGGUGCACCUGUGUGGGGACUGCACAUCCUGCAUGCUUAAUGAAUCUUCAAAGCAAGGAUAAUACUUUGGCUUUGUUGAAAUUACAUAAUAAAUAUAUUAAAUUUUUACAAUCUUUAAUUCUACAACAUUUGUUAAUCUUUCCUGCAAAAGUCACCUGUCUCUCUCUCUCUCUCUCUCCCUCCCCUGCUCACACACACGGCGAAGGAGAUGCUCGUAGAGGCUUUAAGUUCACUCAUCUGCAGCAUUGCAACAUGAUCAUCGUAAACACGGUCCUUGAAGAAGUACGCGUAGCAGUCACUGUGUUUUGACGGGGCAUACGCGCUCGCACGCCAUCGCACUCACAAAUCUGCACAGUGGAGCACAGAAAAUCACAUGCUUAAAAUUUGUUAUGAGUAGAAAUACAGAGAUCUUAAAAGACGUCGCUUAUUUUGUGUAGUCUAAACCAAUGUUACCUUGAAGCUCCGCCACUGAUCCAGCGUAGUGAACCACAGCCUCUUGUCUUUUUUUUUUUUAAAUAAGGAAGCACACAGCAGGGCUGCUGAUCAGCCUACUUUCACUUCGUAGUUUACCUGACACCGCCCCCCCUGCUCUUAAAGCGGCACACAUAAUUACAAACAGAACACACACCCGCAACUUUAGAAUUGCCGGCAUGACUGGUGGACCACACCCGUAACUUUAUCUGCGGGCAUGACUGACCAAACCCAUACAUUUUUCAAAUGUGAGUGACUGGCGUAGCCGUCCUCUUCCAAUAAUGACGUUUUUCAUCCAUGUUAAAACACAAUUCAGAGUCCCGACAAUGAGAAAAGUGCACUGUCCGGAGCCAUGGAGGACAUACAAGUAGAUACCACAGUCCCAUGCGAUUUGCUGUACAAAGUGGUUGACACCUCCUGGAUCCCAAAAAGGAUAAAAGUGCUCCUAAAUAGGAGUCAAUUCCUCCUGCUGGAUCUAUAGAAGGAAAAAAGAGGCCCCGGUGUUAACGUUUCUUGAGCGUCGCAGAGGAAGCUUUUGCUGGGGCACAACGCUGAGAUGGUAUUGUCACUACAUAAUCAAAAAAUGUUUUCAUGAACACAAAAUGGGGUUGGGGUUGAAAAAUAAACAUGAUGCACUGAAUCUACAAUAUGUGAAACGUGAAGUAGAGAGGGAUUACUAUGUCAGGUUAAGACAUAAGUGAACAUGUGAGAAAAGCAAUAAUCAAAAAGCUUUUAAUGUAAAGGUGUAAAAUGACUUACUUUGUUAUUGACAGAACCAACUUUCUUGUAUUCGGUGUACGAGCUGUUAUUGUAUCUUGGACCCGUAACAAAGGUCUCUUGUCCUCAAACAGCGGUUGAUCUGAUUUGAGUUUUUCUAAUGCCUAAAAGCGAAAAUAUCAGGCUAAUCAUAUUUUCAGAUUAUUGAGAUAUCUUGAGUAGAAAUGUCUGCAUAUGUUUUUAGUGAUGACUGACAUUUUUGGGACAUGAAGCCACAUUUCUUGGGCGAGCCUUGCAAGGAAGUGAUACCCUGCCGUGUUUGUCAUUUUUAGGACGUCCUUUUGCACCCCAAUCCAAUAAAAUUUUUGUUGUUGUUUUUUUAAGCACAAUAAAUUUGUGAGGCAAUAUAAUUUUGGGGUACUUGCUAUUUUUCAUAUGAUGUAACUAUAUUACUGUAGGAACAACUGAUAAUUAUCAUACAUCUACUUCCAAUAAAGAAAUGCUUUGCUCUGCUCUCGAUAACGUGGCAGCUGCUUAGCAGGAGUUAGCACAAGAACAAAAACAUCUAAUCAUCAUAACUGUUAGAACCAGAGCCCCUGUUUUCUGUUAAAGAAAUGAUGACCACACAUGUACUCGGCAAUCUUCCACACACAUGCACACACACACACGAACAAAUUAGUACACUUUGUUUCCAAAUAUGUUUUGCUCACCCGUUUCCUUUUUGUAACAUCCAUGCAAAUAAGGGGCGUCUUGAAACUAAAUAAAUAGAGGUGCUGAGGAGAAGAUAAUCAGAGAAUGCAGUGGCGAAUUGUACGAGACAGUUCUCUCCUCAC